CGUCCUCUUGCGCUCUCGCUUGCUGAAGCCUUCGAGCUCGUCUUCUCAUCGGUCGGGAGCGUUGUGCCGGACCAAAUUGGAUUGAUAUGGCUGCAAGUGAGGGCAAUGGUGCUCGUGCCGGUGGUAAGGGUUGCGAUCAUCUUUUGCCUGAUCAUGUCAGUGAUGCUGUUCAUUGAGAAGUUCUCCAUGGGGCUCGUUAGCUUCUAUGUUAAGGUCUUCCGCCGGAAGCCGGAAAAGAUCUACAAAUGGGAGCCCAUCAGAGAGGACGAGGAGUUGGGAACUCUGGCUUAUCCUAUGGUCCUCGUACAAAUUCCCAUGUACAAUGAGAGAGAGGUCUAUCGGCUAUCGAUUGGAGCUGUAUGCAAUCUUGUGUGGCCAUCUGAUCGACUCAUCAUACAAGUUCUUGAUGAUUCGACUGAUUUAACAAUCAGGGAUAUGGUGCAGAAGGAAUGUGACAAAUGGCUAGGAAAGGGAAUAAAUAUACAUUAUAUAUCAAGAGAUAAUAGAAAUGGAUAUAAAGCUGGUGCAAUGAAAGAAGCAAUGGAGAUUGACUAUGUACAACAAUGUGAACAUGUUGCAAUAUUCGAUGCUGAUUUCCAGCCUGCAUCUGAUUUUCUCAUACGAACUGUCCCUUUCUUGAUGAACAAUCCCGAAAUUGCUCUUGUUCAAGCUCGAUGGAAAUUUGUGAAUGCUGAUGAAUGCCUGAUGACAAGGAUACAGGAGAUGUCAUUGAAUUAUCACUUCAAGAUUGAACAACAAUCUGGCUCAUCAACUUUUGCUUUCUUUGGUUUUAAUGGGACUGCUGGUGUUUGGCGGAUCCAAGCUAUUAAUGAAGUCGAAGGUUGGAAGGAACGAACAACUGUAGAAGACAUGGAUUUAGCUGUUAGAGCAUCUCUGGCAGGUUGGAAAUUUGUGUAUGUUGGUAACGUUAAGGUUAAGAGCGAGCUGCCAAGCACUUAUAAAGCUUAUCGCUUUCAACAGCACCGUUGGUCUUGUGGACCAGCAAAUUUGUUUCGGAAAGUGGCGAUGGAGAUAAUAAAGGCCAAGAAAGUACCUCUUGGGAAGAAAUUCUUUUUGGUCUACAACUUCUUCUUUGCUCGGAGAAUUAUUUCUCAUAAUGUUACCUUCUUUUUCUACUGCGUGGUGAUUCCGGUAUCUGUUUUUUUCCCUGAAAUUCAAAUUCCAAGGUGGGGAGCAGUUUACAUUCCGACAGCCAUUACACUUCUCAAUUCAGUUGGAACUCCAAGCUCUAUUCAUCUAACCAUCUUUUGGAUCUUAUUCGAGAAUGCCAUGUCUUGGCAUCGAUGCAAAGCAGUCUUCAUUGGUCUAACAGAAGCAGAUAGGGUUAAUGAAUGGAUUGUCACUGAGAAACUCGGGGACAUGAUGAAGGCAAAAUCAAUUUCCACAGUAGUUAAGAAGUUCGGAACCAAAUUCUGGGAGAGAUUCCAUUUCGCGGAGAUUGCAAUUGGAGUGUACCUCAUACUGUGUGCUUCCUAUGACUACGCCUUCAAUACCGACCGCUACUUCAUAUAUAUCUUCCCACUGUCUCUCUCCUUUCUUAUUAUGGGAUUUGGUUACGUUGGUACCUUUGUCCCUGGAAGCAAGUAGUUGAACAUAACCAGGACUCCAAAAUUAUGCACUAGCCUAGUGAUAUCCUCUUCUUCAAGCUACUCCCAGCAAAUUCUUUUAUGCUUCCACCAUUCCAUGAUUUCAUUGGAUUUGUCAAUGUGUAUAAUAAAAGGGCACUUCAUAGCUUAUGAUGAAGCAUUCAGCUCAUAUCAUGAAACUUCUUGUAAUGAAAGCAUACAUAAUGGGAAAAAAAUAAGCCAAAUUGCUCUAGAUAACAAUAAAAUUAAGGAAGGACAGGAUGAGGGGAACGAAGUGAUACAGAAAAGUACUCUGCGCAGCAAUAAAGACAAGAACAAUUCUUUGGUUUAUUAUGAGUUGGUGUAAACUUCAUUCUGAUGAAUAUUAAUCACUUGAUUACAUGUAUCUCUCUUAUUAUGUUAAUGAACUAUUGAUAUUGUUUGAAGAA